AUGGCCAACUUUCAAUCCUCUAUUGUGGUCUUUGUGGCCCAUCUCAUUCUUCUUCUCGGUCUCCCGACAGCCCUGGUUGGCGCCGUGCCCGUGACGCCCAACACUAGGGAACUCGCAAUUUCCGAGCGCUCUUCUUCCGCCUACUGGGUUGGUGAUAUCAAGCGCCAGGGUACCGUGCCAUUCGGUCUCAGCAGCGACUACCAGGUUUACCGUAACGUGAAGGAUUUCGGUGCUAAGGGUGAUGGAUCCACCGAUGACACAGCUGCUAUCAACAAGGCCAUCUCUUCUGGGAAUCGCUGUGGAAAGGGCUGCGAUUCUUCCACCACGACCCCAGCUCUGGUAUACUUCCCGGCCGGUACCUACGUGGUCUCGAAGCCCAUCGUUCAGUACUAUUACACCCAGAUUGUCGGUGAUGCUGUCAACCUGCCGGUGAUCAAAGCAUCCGCCGACUUCGCUGGUAUGGCUGUUAUCGAUGCUGAUCCCUACAACGACGAUGGUAGCAACUGGUACACCAACCAGAACAACUUCUUCCGUGCCGUUCGCAACCUGGUCAUCGAUUUGACUGCCAUGCCCAAGGGUGCUGGCGCUGGUAUCCACUGGCAGCUUGCAGAACAUCCGCUUCGAGAUGAUCAAAGGGGUGGUGCUGCCAACAAGCAGCAAGGUGUCUUCUUGGACAACGGUUCUGGUGGUUUCAUGUCUGACCUUACCUUCAAUGGUGGUAACUACGGCAUGUUCCUUGGCAACCAGCAGUUCACUACCCGCAACUUGAAGUUUAACGGCUGCCAGACUGCAAUUUACAUGAACUGGAACUGGGCCUGGACCUUCAAGUCUCUAGACAUCAACAACUGCGAGGUCGGUUUGAAUAUGUCCACCUCGCCCUCUAACCAGACUGUCGGCUCCGUCAUGAUGCUGGACAGCAAGCUUACCAACACCCCAAUUGGUAUCGUCACUGCCUGGAGCAAGACAAGCAUUCCUAUUGGCGGUGGUACUCUCAUCCUGGAUAAUGUUGACUUUUCCGGGUCUACAACCGCUGUGGAGGACAUCGAUGGCAGCAGCAUCCUGGCCGGCGGCUCGAUUGUCACCAACUGGGUCCAAGGCAACACCUACGCUCCCUCUUCCGCUGCCAGCAAGCGUGCUUACAGCCCUGAUGAGGAGGAUGACUCUGACGCUGUCACCAUUGUUGAGACCGUUGUACAGACAGUAUUGGCUUGCCCUCUUUUGGGAAGUGGCUCUGUUACUCCCACUCUUGCUACCAAUGCGCCUGCUCACGUCGGUGGCUCUUCCACCGAGGCCAAAAUCACUCCUGCCCUGCCCACUGGCUCUGGAACUGCCUAUCGCUCCAUUGUCUCGAACGCUGAUAUCACUGAUUUCCCUGGCUUGGACAUCAGCUGGCUGUCCAUCUUCGAUGGAUCAUCUGUCUCCAUCGAUAUCCCUUUUCCAUCCAUGAUUGACAUCAGUGAUUCCACUGCUGAUGUCUCUUCUGUUCCUGCUGUCACCUCGUCUGCCGUUCCCGUUGAAGUCUCUACUCCUGCUGUCACCUCGUCUCCCGUUCCCGUUGAAGUCUCUACUCCUGCUGUCACCUCGUCUGCCGUUCCCGUUGGAGUCUCUACUCCUACUGUCACCUCGUCUGCCGUUCCCGUUGGAGUCUCUACUCCUACUGUCAUCUCGUCUGCCGUUCCCAUUGGAGUCUCUACUCCUGCUUCCCCCGAAGCCCCUGCCACUCAGACUCCGUCGCCGUCGCAGUCCACUCCUGUCUCAGUCGUCGAGUCUUCUACUUCUAGCGCUGCCGUUCCCUCGCAGUCUAGUGAUACUACCUCCGGCAGCUCCUCCAGCAGCAGCGAGGGCACUUGCGGUGCCAACCAGGCUGUUAGCAAGGUUCGCACCCAGAGCACCAUAAAUUCUCAGACCAUGCCCUCGUCCCUCCUCAAGGAUGGUGCUGUAUUCGAGAAGUCUAAGCCCCUGUACGAGAACCUACCCGCCUCGUCCUUUAUCAGCGUCAAAUCUGCCGGUGCCAAAGGUGACGGUUCCACUGAUGACACCGAGGCUCUCCAGAAGGCACUUGACAGCGCUACUGCUGACCAAGUUGUGUACUUCGACCACGGUGCGUACGUUAUCACUGAUACCCUGCGGGUGCCCAAGAACAUCAGGAUUACCGGUGAGGUCUGGCCUAUGAUCAUGGCCUACGGUGAUAAGUUCCAGAACGCCAAGCAGCCCGUUGCUGCCAUGCAAAUCGGUCAGAAGGGUGAUGUUGGUUCCGUCGAGAUGAGUGACCUCGUCAUCACCACCAAGGGUUCUUGCCGAGGUGCUAUUCUCAUGGAGUGGAACGUCGCUGCUGAGACCCAGGGUUCUGCUGGUAUGUGGGACGUCCAUAUUCGUAUUGGUGGUAGCGCUGGCACUGAGCUGCAGAGCGACACUUGCGAGAAGACUCCUGAUGUGAAGACCCGCCCCAACGCUGAUUGUAUUGCUGCCUUCAUGCUCCUCCACAUCACUGAAACAGCCUCUGCCUACCUUGAGAACACUUGGAUGUGGACUGCUGACCAUGAGCUUGACCUGUCCGAUCACUCCCAGGUCAAUAUCUACACCGGUCGUGGUAUUCUCAUUGAGUCUCAAGGCCCCGUCUGGCUUUGGGGUACUUCCUCCGAGCACCACCAGCUGUACAACUACCAAGUGUCCAGUGCCAAGAACGUCUUCAUGGGCCUUAUCCAGUCCGAGACACCUUACUAUCAGUCGAACCCCUCUGCUCUGACCCCCUUCACCCCCCAGUCCGCCUGGAACGACCCCGAGUUCAAGUACUGCACCACCGCCUCUUGCCGCAAGUCCUGGGGUCUGCGUGUCCUGAACUCCUCUGAUCUCUUCGUCUACGGCGCGGGUCUCUACAGCUUCUUCGAGAACUACGCCCAGACAUGCCUCAACACCGAAGACUGUCAAGAAAACAUGGUCGAAGUCGAUUGCUCCAACGUCCAUAUCUACGGCCUGAGCACCAAGGCUGCCGUGAACAUGGUCACCUCAUCUUCCGGCAAGAGCAUGGUUCUGGAGAAAGACAACACAAGCAACUUCUGCUCAACUAUUGCUCUCUUCGAGCAGACCGUCUAA